ACCAAUGGGAGACCCCACUGGUACAGCCUCCGCGCUCUGUCAUGGCGGCGUCCGGUGUUCAACCCGGUGUGAACGGACAGGAUGUUAGGGUUUUUGUCAGCGAGACAGACCGGUUUGGACGACCCUCUUCGCCUCCGGAGAGCGGAGUCCACACGGAGGGUUUUGGGACUGGAGUUAAACAAAGACAGAGAUGUUGAAAGGAUUCAUGGCAGUGGAGUUAAUACCCUUGACAUUGAACCUGUUGAAGCAAGAUACAUGUUAUCAGGUGGUUCAGAUGGUGUGAUUGUACUUUAUGACCUUGAGAACUCCAGCAGACAACCUUAUUACACAUGUAAAGCAGUGUGUUCCGUUGGCAGAAACCAUCCUGAUGUUCACAAAUAUAGUGUGGAGACUGUACAGUGGUAUCCUCAUGACACUGGCAUGUUCACAUCAAGCUCAUUUGAUAAAACUCUGAAAGUGUGGGAUACAAAUACCUUACAAACUGCAGAUAUAUUUAAUUUUGAAGAAACAGUUUAUAGUCAUCAUAUGUCUCCAGUUGCCACCAAGCACUGUUUGGUAGCAGUCGGUACUAGAGGGCCCAAAGUACAACUUUGUGACUUAAAGUCUGGAUCCUGUUCCCACAUUUUACAGGGUCACAGACAAGAAAUAUUGGCAGUUUCUUGGUCGCCACGUUGUGAAUAUAUCUUGGCAACUGCAAGUGCUGACAGCAGAGUAAAAUUAUGGGAUGUCAGGAGAGCAUCAGGAUGUUUAUUUACUCUUGAUCAGCAUAAUGGAAAAAAGUCACAAGCUGUUGAAUCAGCAAACACUGCUCAUAAUGGGAAAGUUAAUGGCUUAUGUUUUACAAGUGAUGGGCUUCACCUCCUUACUGUUGGUACGGAUAAUCGAAUGAGACUCUGGAAUAGUUCCAAUGGAGAAAACACACUAGUAAACUAUGGAAAAGUUUGUAAUGACAGUAGAAAAGCAUUGAAAUUCACUGUCUCCGAUGGCUGCAGUUCAGAAUUUGUUUUCGUGCCAUAUGGUAGCACCAUUGCUGUUUAUACAAUUUACUCAGGAGAACAGAUAACUAUGCUUAAGGGACAUUAUAAAAGUGUUGACUGCUGUGUAUUUCAGUCUCAUUUCCAGGAACUUUAUAGUGGUAGCAGAGACUGCAAUAUACUUGCUUGGGUUCCAUCCUUAUAUGAACCAGUUCCUGAUAAUGAUGAGCCUACAACCAAAUCACAGUUAAAUCCAGCAUUUGAAGAUGCAUGGAGCAGCAGUGAUGAGGAAGGAUGACCAUCAAUCCUGAGUACUUCUGUGUCUCUGUUGAUGAAACUUUUAAAAUGCGACUGUUUUGUGUGGGUAUUGUUUUCUUAACUGUCCAGUGACAGCUAAAUUAUCAUUAAAAUUGGAAUUUCUUUUUUAA